AUGUGUUCACAAACAAGCCUUCCUAGAAUAUCUUUCUCCCAUGAUCUUGUCCAAGCAGAUGUUGGACCACUUCUCAGCAUGUCUGAUCAAACAGACUCAUCAUCAUCAUCAUCAUCGCAUUUGGGCUCAAAUUCUGAUUUUGAAUUCAACAUUAGCAGCAGCUUAUUUGAGCAUGAAUCUUGUUCAGCAGACGAGCUUUUCUCCAAUGGGGUACUUCUUCCAAUUCAUGAUAAAGAGAGAUUUCUUGCUAACAAAGAAGUCCAUAGUUGUCAACCUCGGCCUAUUGCUCCUCUUCCUCCUCUUCGUCGUGAUAACUCAUCAUCAUCGAAGAAAGAAGCCAUGGUUAUAAACUCAGAUUUGGAGCAAAAGCAUGUAUCCACGGCGACCAAGUCUUUCUGGGGUUUCAAGAGAAGUGCUAGUCUCGAUAAUUUUGACAAUAAGAAGAGCUUUUUACGCUCGUUACCGCUUCUGUCACGAAGCAAUUCAACUAGUUCAUUGGACCCAAUUCCAAAAAGAACAACGCAGAAUAAGGAAGUUCACAAGCACAAUUCACAGAAACAAGAAUCUAUUUCAUUGCCAAGGUCAUCAUCUUUUUCAUCUUAUACUAAAUUGCAGCAGAAGCCUCAGUUGAAAAAGAGUUAUGGAGAAUCUUUAAAUGCAGUUCAGAUUAGUCCUGUUUUGAAUAUACCACCUCCUUACAUUUCUAAAAGGGCUCAAAAUCUCUUCAAUUUUGGUUCUUUUUUACGUGAUGGGAAGGAUAAAAAGAGCAAGAAAUAG